UAGUUGUUUUUCACUCGACAUUGUUCAGUCACAGUCGGGCAAGCAACCAAGACUGGGACAGACAAGAGAUGCACGGCAGCUGCACAUAUAGGCUAGCCUAUGAUCUGGUGACAUCAGACUUGGAGAGGAGAGAACACAUGUUUACCUGACUGCUGUUCCCGCACUUCCCUCUCAUUGAGUUUUUUUUUCUCUUUUCCUGCCUAGAAGAAGUCCGUCCUUAUCCUCUCAUCAAAAUUGUAGCCGAUACAUUCGCGUUCUCCUUUGACAGCUCUGCGCUGGACUGUCGCUGCGUUUGCCGGUGUCGCAUCAGCUGGCUGAAGUUGAUCCAGCGCCGAGUCGGCUUUAUCAGUUUAACAUUUGUUUUUCAGUGCUGCUCAACUCAGGUGCGCUGCAUGCUACUAAUACCAAUGUAACGAGGUCUCAUGCAGAAUAUAACGAGGAAGGCGCUUUUCACACUCAGACAGUUCAAACUUUGCAGGGUUUGGUCUGAGGACCUCAGGGUAUGCACAGGUUGAGUCGUCCAGUUUACCCUCACUGCCACCAUGACCUUCAACGGCACCUGGAAAAUUGAUCGCAGUGAUAACUAUGAGAAAUUCAUGGAACAAAUGGGAAUUAACAUGGUGAAGAGGAAGCUGGCUGCUCACGACAACCUCAAGAUAACCAUCGAACAGACUGGAGACAAGUUUCACGUCAAGGAGAGCAGUAAUUUCCGCAACCUGGAAAUAGAUUUCACCCUGGGGGUCAUCUUUGAGUACAGCCUUGCAGAUGGAACAGAACUAAAAGGCUCCUGGGACAUGGAGGGAGACAUGUUGAAGGGGGUUUUCAACAGAAAGGACAAUGGAAAAGUACUGACAACAACCAGAAUUGUCCAAGGAGAUGAACUUAUACAGAGCUACAACUAUGAAGGUGUGGACGCAAAGAGGAUUUUCAAGAGGGGUUAGAUCCAACUGAUCACCAGAACUUUAAUGUGACAUGUUUAACUUCAGGAUUACUUACAGUAGUGUGUUGAAUUACCAACUAAUUAUACCAAUACAGCCUUUGAAAAGUGUGCAACUUGCCUGUACAGUGUAUGAAUCAGUUUUGAAUUGCACGGGAUUUUGAUACUUGCAGUAAUAAAGCCAUACUGU